GAGGGCGGUCCGUAAACUUACUUUCGUCUUGGUGAAGCGAGGAAGAACAAAACCUGGCAACAAAUACUCUACAGUAUAAAAAAACAGUGCAAAACGGACGGAUUGCUGCGUUUCUGUGGAUUUUACACGCUUUUUUUUCCCAGUGAGAGUUGGAGCCGAAAUGGCUGAUAUGUUCGGCUGGGGACAGCCCACCGUGCCCCAAGGCACACCGUACAUCGAGAUCAUCGAGCAGCCCAAGGCAAGAGGGAUGCGCUUUCGUUACAAAUGUGAAGGGAGAUCAGCUGGCAGCAUUCCAGGAGAAAAGAGCAAUGAUUCCACCAAAACACACCCAGCCAUCAAGGUGCAUAACUACAGCGGCCCAAUCAGAGUGAGGAUCUCCUUGGUUACCAAGAGCCACCCGCACAAGCCCCACCCACACGAGCUGGUGGGAAAAGAUUGUAAACAUGGCUACUACGAAGCUGAUCUGCCCGAGAGACGGAUUCACAGUUUCCAGAAUCUUGGUAUUCAGUGUGUGAAGAAGAAGGAUGUCGCUGAAGCCGUUUCCUGUCGCCUGCAGACACAGAACAACCCUUAUAACAUUCCCGAAGCCAAAGUGUGGGAGGAAGAGUACGACCUGAACGCUGUCCGCCUCUGUUUCCAAGCAACCAUCACCCUGGCAACUGGCGAGCUGUACCCCCUGGAGCCUGUCGUUUCUCAGCCAAUCUAUGACAACAGAGCUCCGAACACAGCCGAGCUCAAGAUCUGUCGCGUGAACAGGAACUCCGGCAUAUGUCGGGGCGGAGAUGAAAUCUUCCUACUGUGUGACAAAGUGCAAAAAGAGGACAUCGAGGUACGCUUCUUCCGAGACUCCUGGGAAAGUAAAGGCUCGUUCUCGCAGGCUGAUGUCCACAGGCAGGUUGCCAUCGUGUUCCGCACGCCGCCCUACUGUGAUACAAACCUGAAGGAGCCCGUGAAAGUGAAGAUGCAGCUCCGCAGGCCAUCAGACCGCGAGGUCAGCGAGCCCAUAGACUUCCAGUACCUCCCCGCUGACCCAGAUGAGUACAGGCUGAUGGAGAAGAGGAAGCGAACAGAGGGAAUGCUCCAAAACCUCAAACUGGGCAGCAUCAUGUCAGAUCCCACCCCUCAGAGGCCUUUCAAUCCUGCCAGAAGAACACUUACAGUUUCAAAACCCUCAGCUUCUGCCAGCGCUCCACCAGUGGUGAAUCCUGUGUCAUGCGUGAAGCCCCCUUUGUACAGCACUCCUGCUCCAGGCCAUCUGUUCACCCAGCCCAAAACCGAACCGGCGCCAUCCAAUGGAGACGGAUGGAAGUUCUUCAGCAAUGUCACCGUGCAACCUUCCGCUGCUCCGGCUGCAUCCGUCGCUCAAGAUUUCCGCACUGUCAACCUCUCCGACCUGCACGACAACAUUUUCUCCACCUUUUCUUCUUUCUCUCCCGCCGUUCCAGAUCAGUCCGACUCGGGUAGCAGGAGGGAUGGAACCGGGGCUAACGCGGUUGGGACUGCGGUGGCCCCAGAGACCCAAACCCCGUUCGCAACUCCCAUGGGCCUGAUAGAUGAGCACGAGAUUCCGGAGUUCCCGAGUUUUUCUGAAAAUCAGUCGUCAGAUAUGGAGCACAUCAACACUGACGAGUUUCAGGCGCUUUUGGGGCAAAGCGGACUUCCUGGAGACGGCACUUCGGCUGCUUCUGUGUGUCACGCCAGCGCGGCAGGAAACAUGACCGUCGAUAACAUACUGGGUUCUAAUGGUGCGGAGCAGGUGGCGAGAAACGUGGGCAACGGGAACUGGAUGAUGAGUUUCCCACCAAGCAUCGUCAACCUUUUGCAGAACGAGCAGAUGACGGAUACCGGCUUGCCCAGCACAUCCGCCCCUCCCCUCGGCCUUGACGAGAUGGACAUGCUGAACUCCAUGGAUGAAGAUCGUCUCAUGUCCAUCCUUAACAGCAGCAGCCAAGCCAACUUCCUGUCCGGGCAUUCCACUUAGAGGUUCUAGACAGUUGGGUUUGCUGCACCAUCCUUAUAUCAAGACUGGAACUAAAAAAGAAUAAGGAAGAGUGGGACAGAAGACAAAAUGGAGGCCAGAUUUUCACAAUGCCUACUGAGGCCAUCUCCGCACACACAUUCAUUAUCUCAUGCCUGUCUUUUAUUUCUUCCUCCAAUCAAAACACAUACAUUUUCACGCAUACCUAACAGCAUUUUAAAAUUGACCUCGCUCUUUCCAGUUCCACUUCUCUUUGAUGAAAGCAUAGCUCGCGUUUUGUAAAGAGCCUCGGCUCUGAAAGCGAUCCAGAGCCGCGGUAAAGGAUCGGCCACACCCACUCGACGGACCGUUCCUUUCUUCGAAAACGGAAUGAAGUCAUCCAAAUUAGAUCCAGCCUUCGAAACAGACCUUGGUAAACAUUAAAGGUCCACCAAGUUCAAGUAUUUUUGUUACAUGUUAUAAAAUACUGAGGGGAAAAACAUGCGAAAGCUGAUGGGUUUGGAAAUGUUGACGUCAUAACGAUGGAGAAUCAUCCCUGACGUGGCACUGGCAUUAGUUCCUCUUCAUAUAUGAUGCAAAGCCAUGUGACUGUUCAUGUGAUUAGUGGUUACUCAGUAAUCGACAUAAGUCGAGCAGUAUGGUGAUUUUUUUUUUUUUUGCUUGUUUUUUGGUUAUGUGGUUGGGAUUUUGGGGUUCGGUUCUCAUUUAAAUCACAACCAUAAUUCAGAGCUGUUCGACUACUUCGUGGACUUGUCAGAAAAUUUACGUUCUUGUUAUUUUAUUUUUAAACAAUUGGCUGACAAUGAUUGUGUAUGUGGAAGGGGAAUAUAUUGCUUGUAAUAAAAUAUUGCCAUAUUUAUUAGAAAAAGAGGUUAGGCAAGACAGAUUAUGGCAAUAUAUCCAAUCUUACGACGUAUCAACAGCUUGUACAGUGUUACUCAAAUGUAAUGGCACCCCAGGCGAUUUCCAGCCUAAACAUCACGUGACCUAACGGUUCGAAAUUUAGCCUUCGUCCAAGCGAUUUAUCUGAAGAGAUGAUCGAUUUGAUUUUAUCGUUUGAGGCGAGGUCUGAUUCUCAUCAGCCUCCCGCGCGUCCUGCAUUUAGACUCGUUAGAUCGAACAGUGUCCAGUCUCUGUCUGAAAGACAUAGAAAUGGAACAGGAGUCAAAUUACGGUUGAGAAUUUUAUUUUUUGGACACCAAGACUUACAAAGUCUGAUUUUCAAAAGAUGAAUAAACGGUUAAAAAGAGGAAUAUUUUCAUGGUGCCGUAAAUAUUAUUUUAUCACGCUUUUUGAUAAAUGUAUAUUCUAAAAUAAUAUAAUACAUUGUGAAAGGUGGAACAGUUAUUUUGGCUGCCAUUUUUGUCAGACUUUUAACGUAGUUCUCGAUAAGCAGGGUUUCUUGCAAUGCUGCCUGAAAUCGCAUCCUAAUUACGCAUAAGUCGGUUCCUUUAAAUGAGAUACAGGCGAAUGGUGCAUGUUGGAAAUUGUGAUACAGGACGAGGCCUGGUGCCAAUACUUUUGGACAAAACAGUAAGUGCGUCGUGAAACGAGGGUAAGCAAGGUGUGUGUAUAUAGUGAGUAAAGGAAAGUGAUAUAGCAGAAGUAUAUCACAACAUAGCCUAUAUCAUGGUAUUAUGUAGUAAGCCAUAUGAUACCAAGUGGGCUGUGUGCAGAAGUUUUGACGCCCUGUCCGAAACACGCCGUGACGAUGGAAUAAGGAAUAAGAAGGAAGGAAUAAGAAACACUGGGCGGUGUGCUGUUAUAGCAAAAUAGGCAACGGUAUGGUGGUGUGAUGAAGCAGAGUUAUAGUUACCCCUCUGGUAUCUACCACAGCAGUUUGCAUAAGAUUGAAUCUUUUUUUUUUUUUUGUUAGGGCUAAUAAAUGAGCGUGUCAGGUUUUUUUCUUUGUAUUUGACUUUUAUAACGGCAGCACCGACUGAUGCUGGAUGUUACAGAAAACAAAAUCAACACCUUCUGCCAAAUUAGAUUUUGUACACUUAAAUAACAGCAGUGUAUAGGUUUUUCUGUCACACACAGAUUGAGUAUGCGAUCAGUAGUACAUGUGUAAGCGUGAAAGGAAUCAGAAAUGCUGAAACUGGUAUAAUUUGCCCAUUCUCGUUACAAUACAAGUUUUCUACGAUUGAAUACAAAUAUCCUUUUUGUUUAUAUCGUUGUUUAGUGAUGAGAAUAUGAAGGGAUUGUUUCCACUCACUUUCCUAUUAUUUCUGAUAGUCAAAUGUUUUUAUAAUUACCUACUGACUUGUAAUCCGUAUGUGUAAAAAGAUGUAUGUAGAUUUGAUACUCGUGUCGUUGAUCAAGUAGACACUGAAGAAACAAAUAUAUUUCCAUUAAAUAUACUAAACUGG